CAGCUCCACCAACUACAACUACAACCAUCCAACCCAACCCAACCCACCACAACUACUCCUCCACCAACUACAUCUACGGCUUUACUGACAAAUACUACCAGUCUACUCCACCAAAUAUGCUCCCAACUACAACCAGCCAAACCACAACAUCUCCACCAUCUACAACUAUGGUCACAACUACAGCCAAUCAAUCCACCACAACAUCUACAUCGCCUUCAUUCUCCAUCCUAAAAUCAACGCUGGAUCCAGAAUUGUUUGCAGCUCAUGUUGCCCCUCUGACUACAGCUGCUCCACAACCACCUAUGUUUACAUUCAUGUCUAAUAUAACAACCAAAUCUUCACUCGUGACCAAACAUCCACCAAAUAAGACAGCAGUCUUACCUACAACCGACCAACAUACAACAACAACAACUGCACUUCCUAUAACCUCCAUCCUAAACUCCAAGCUGGACACAGGACCAUAUUAUGUUUUGGCUCUGAAUGCAAAGAUCUCCACCACACUGUCAAUGGAGACUGAUUCUGCAACCAUCCUGAACCUGAUCAAAGAUGAGCUGAUGAGACAAGGACUGCCACCAGACAUAAUUGUGGAGCUGCUCAGCAGUGGAGCAGUGAAAUUUACAACAGCCUCCCCCUAGUGGCCAAACAUGAGAAUGAACUUGAUCCUGAAAUAUGAUUUAAUGUCACUUGUUUUUCUUUAAUCUCUCAUCYGCAUCAUKGAGUUAUUCUUAUUUGAAUARCUGAAAAUGAAAGGCUAUUAUUCUAGAAUACUCUGAUAGAAAUCGUUCACCAAUUGAUGCAAACAGUAAAAUGUCCCUUGACCCAGUAAUAAGCCUUUUAAGGGACAGUUUUUGGAUAAAUAAAUGGUAAUGUUAUAAUAAUGACAGGACACAUUCUUAAAGAAAUGUAACAUUUCACACUGUAACUGGAAAACAUAAUAUCCAAAAUAAA